GUGUUCGCUUCCGUUUGUUAGAUUUAUAAAAUCCUCAUAUGGUGUGUUUUUAGUGUUCAGAAGGAAUAAAACUUUAUUUUAAGUCGUGUUUUAUGUGGAUUUUCUACACAAAAGAAAGUGACUUUUUUAUAUGCUAAAUUAUCCACAAUGGAAGUUGAUGUUCAGAUUCAGAAAACAGAUUCAGACGACCUGGAGGAGGACGAGGAGGCAGAAUGUGAUGCCGAGAGUAUGACGUCGUCGGCUGGAGCGUUGACUCCUCGCCUAAACCAUCUUUCAGAAGGGUUGGAGAAACUAUGGAUUACUGGUGCUCAUUCGGACAUCAAGAUAACAGUGGAGAACAGAGUUUUCAACUGCCAUAAAGCAGUGUUGUUUGCGACAUCUCCAUAUUUCGAUGCCAUGUUUUCCUCCGGAAUGCGAGAAAGUGUUAGCGGGGAAAUCACAUUCAAAGAAAUGGAGGCAGAUACGUUUGAACUGGUUAUGGAGUAUAUAUACACUGGAAAAGAGGUUGUUACACAAGAAAAUGUGAUAAAAUUGCUGAAAGCGUCUUCCCUUUUACAAAUAAAAUCGUUGUGUGAGAAAUGCGAGGCUGUUCUAGAACCGUACAUAGAUCUGGAUAACUGUAUUGACAUUUGGAGACUUUCAUUAAUUCACAGCUGGGAAAAGGUUCGAGUAAGAGCUAUAACGAAAAUUCUGAAAAAUUUCCUACAGUUGUACAAAACAGACGCGUUUAUGCGUUUGGAUGCUUACGAGCUAAUCCAAAUCAUCAAAGAUGAUGCUCUUGAGGUCCCAGCGGAAGAAGUGGUCCUCGACGCCGUGUUUGCAUGGGCACGUCGCGGCGACCCUAGCUUAAGAAAGCUGAAACUCGGGCAAAUAUUAGGUAAUGUUAGAUUAGGUCAUAUAUCUGCUGAACGAUUAGCUGUGCUGAAAAGUAGUCCAACUUCACCGGUAGUGGACGACCAACUCGCGCAGCAGUACAUCGAUGACGCAAUACAAUACAAACUACUUCCGGCUCGCAGACAGGAAGCGAAUUCCACGGUGACCCACCACAGACGUUGUAGUCAGUUCGAUGAUGUUCUAGUCGUUAUGGGUGGUUGUAUGUCAAUGCACCCUCCAUAUAAACGUUGCAAUGACGUUUUAGCAUAUAGUUUCGCGGUGGAACAAUGGUAUAAACUGGAGUCACUCCCAUAUGACCCGGGCAUCGAGUUCGCAACUUGCACUUACGGAAAUGACAUUUUCCUCACAGGCGGGGGUAGCCGAACACAAACUUUCUUGAAAUAUCGUUCUGACAAAAACAAAUGGAAGAUCGGCAAGCCUUUGUGCCAAGGUCGCAGACGACAUGUUAUGGUUGCUCUUACAAACACUCUUUACGUUAUUGGAGGCUACGACCAUCGCCUUGCCGAAGGAAACCGAAUGUUGGCAAGCAUUGAAAAGUAUGAUAUGAGCGAGGAUGGUUGGGACGAAGUCGCUCAGCUUCCGAUUCCUGUGAGUUCGUUUUCGUCUGCUGUUACAGGAGAGAAAAUCCUGUUGUUUGGCGGGGAAAAGAAUGAUAAAACGGACACCGGUGUCGUUCAGUGCUUCGACACAAGAACUAAUGAAUGCACAAAAAUCACGAGUUUGUCUAUCAUUUCAAAACUUACAAAAGCAGUGACGUCAGGCAGACGGAUAUUUAUUAUUUUCUUCAGCGGAAAAAUUGUGGAAUAUAAUCCGUUUGGAACUGGGCAGGUCUGCAGCCUCGUAGGGACUGUGAAAUCUUUCCGUCGCAUACAUUAUGGAGCGGUUCAGUAUAGAGGCAAUAUAUUCAUUGUCGGCGGUGAGAAUGAAGACACGUCUUUAACGCGGGAAAUGAUAGUGUUUAAAACUGAAAGGGGAGAAGCGGAGAAAGCAAGAGUUCCUUUACCAAACGCGAGACUAAUCGAUAGUUGUGUGAAAAUAGCAUUAAACAAAAAGUUUCUUGUCGAUGAGAAAAAUGAGGGCGAUGGGCCUCCAAGUACGGAGGACGAGGCUCAAGAUGGCAAUAACAACAACUGAGUUGAUGAUCUUUAUAGCUGAUAUUUUGUACUUAAAUUGCAAUAUGGCUAUCGGAUGCCUCUUCGAAACUGUGCCAUUUAACGCGAUAUGGGAAAUGCGAUUUUAUUUCCAACAGUAAAGCUACUGGGUCCAUAUCCCUUGCUUUAUUGCGGUACAAACAUUUCUGAACCACAGAGGCAUAUUAAUUUCAUAUAUUUUGAUAAAUUCUUGGUUCUCUUAUAUUUUUCCUUAAAUACGAGUUUGAAAAUAGUAUAUAUUGCCCGUGGCUACAUACACACUGCUACAAAAGUAACAUAAUUAAAAAUUUACAAAUGUUGCAACUGCACUUAUAAACUGAAUCAUUUGUUGCGAGCAGGUUAUAAAUGAGACUUUUGUAAAUUCAUUGCCGGCAGCUGACGUUAUAUUUUUUUGCACAACGAUUUAUCUAAGUUACACGUAUUUAACUUUCAUAAUCUGUGUAAUUUGCAUUAGUAAUUCAUUUGUUACUGUAAGAUUUAAUACUUGGCAGUGCAGUUAGGGCAUCUAAAUUUCUUGCUUUUGUCUGCUAUUUAAAAGUUUUGAUUCCAAAAAUUCAGUUUUUCAAUCAUUGUUUGGCCGGCAUCUCUUCAAUAACCAUUGUGAAUAGUAACCUUUGAAUUUGUAUGGGGUCUCCGUGGCCGAGUGGUUAUCGUCACUGCCUAAGAAUCACUCGUCCCUAACCGAUGUGGGUUCGAGCCUAGUUCGGGAUGUUGAAUUCUCCAUGGAGGAAGUCAUCCAGUCGGCUUACGGAAGGUCGGUGGUUCUACCCAGGUGUCCGUCUGUGAUGAACUAAUGCACGUAAGGCACCUGGGGUCUUUCUUCGAUGUCAAACACUGGAAAGUCGCCAUAUGACCUAUAUAAUUGUGUGACGUUAAACCCAACAAAAAAUGAAAUAAUUAUACUUCUCCGUUUUGCAUGAAAACGUUCAGUUGUGGUACACUCUGUUUUGUUGCAUUUUAAUACAGAAAAGUGAUAUGUUACAUGUUAUAUGACAAGAUUACGGUACCACUGCUUGUUGUAAUAAUGUUGCUUUAUUUUUCAUUAUUUUGUUUCCUAUUUAUUUGAUAAAUAACUACAAAGCAAUAAAGAAUUUUAAGGAG